CCAUCCCUGUUUAUCUAUAAUCUCUAUUUGGAGUGAAGCCUCGAUUUGGGAUUUUUGUAAAAAUGGCUGACAAACUUGUCCACAUGGUAUACGUGCCGGAAAGAUGAUUUUUAAAUUUUAUGUCAUCUGCAUGCUCCGAUGAUGGAAAAGUCAGAAUCUUUACACGAGUUCAAGUUUGAUCUUUCUGAAGCUUGUUUAGAGGUAACAAGAACUGUUCCUUUGCCAGAUGGCCAUCCUCUUGUUUCGUUGAAGAAGCCUCCAAAGAAGUCAAGAAUCUUUGCAGUAUUGACAGAUCUUAUAUGCAAGCCGGAAACAUGUAAACAAGUGGCAGCUUGCUGUAGGCCAAUUCUAGCAGAAAUUGUUAAAAGAUCAGUCUUGGAUGCAAUAAAAAAGAAUGAGAAAAAUCCAGGGUUUGCAUAUGCUAUCAGCAUUCUUACUGUUGAGUACCCUUUCCUCUCAGACAUAACGGAAGAAUAUUUCUCAUUUCUUAUCAAUUUAGAAUAUGGCAAAGAUAUUGAUGACAAUCAAGUCUGUGUUUUUGUCAAAGCUUAUGCAAAUCUUCUUGCUCUUAACUCAAAUAGAUUUUUUGAGUUUGUUGAUUGGAGGUUGAUUAUAAAAUCAUUAGAAAGCUCAAAUCAUAACUUUGAUGCUGUCAGAUGUGUCUCUCUUGCCGCAAAAUAUUGUGAUCUAAGUAAAUUGAUGCCACCUGAACUCCUGGAACAAUGUUUAAACGUGAAAUAUAAUUCUGGUAAUGGAGAAAAGAAUGAGAAACCGUCAUUGCAACAGAUAGAUGUUUGCAUGCAAAAUGGAGAUAACUAUUGUUUUGGAGAUAUUGUGUUUACAACCGAUGACAUCAAGACAAAUCUCAUUCCAGUAGCUGGGGUCUUGUUACCUAGAAAAAGGAAGCUUUCUCUUAUUGACCCAAAACUGAAAGAGUUUGUUGUAACUGCAGGGUCCUUUGAGAGUUUGCAAUCUUUGGCUUUUGCAAUAAUGACAAAGACACCAGUCCUUCUUGAAGGAGAACUUGGGGCUGGAAAGACAUCUUUACUUGACCAUUUUGCACUAAUGAUGGGGAAGGUUGAAGCACCAGAUAUUCUUAAGUUGCAGCUUGGUGAUCAGACUGAUAGCAAGUCCAUGCUUGGGAUAUAUGUUUGCACUGAAACCCCUGGAGAAUUCAAGUGGCAGCCUGGAACUUUGACAAAAGCCGUUAAGAGUGGCAGUUGGCUGAUUCUUGAAGAUAUCGACUCUGCACCCCUUGAUGUCAUCUCAGUGCUGAUUCCUCUUUUGGAAGGUAAACCUUUAUCUAUUCCAGGACAAAGCAGAGAAAUUAUACCAGCACCAGGAUUUCAGAUUUUUAUGACGAGAAGAAUUCAUAAGGGAUUUGGAGGCAGUUUUCAUCAAAAUGCACCAAGCAAAUCAAUUGAGCAUCUUUGCUGCAAAAUUCACUUGGAAUCUCUAUCUAAGGAAGAGUUACUUGAGAUUUUACUUAAAAAACAUCCGCAUUUGGAAUCAGUUGCAGCCAAACUUAUAGAUGUAUACUGUAUGGUUUCAACGGAUCUCAAACUAGAAUCUGCAAACGACACUGUUCUUUCUAAUUUACCUGCAUUGCAAAGAAAUUCAACUUCCAGAGAUUUCUUCAAAUGGUGCCAGAGGCUUGCAGAAAGAUUUCAAACCAGUGCUUUGAUCUCAGUAAAUCAUGAUGUAUUUCAAGAAGCAUUCUCUUGCUUUUGCAUUCCAGUUGGAAAUGUUGAAGAUAGGCUAACAUUGGCCCACGCUAUUGGUGCAAAACUUGGCAUCACAAAAGACAAAGUUGAGUUCUACGUUCUCAGGAAUAAAGGAAGCGUACAGCAGACACAGCUUACUUUUUCAGUUGGAAGAGCAGCUCUUCCAAAAACGGAAAUGUCAAGCUUUGUUAGAAAAAACAUGGUUUCCAAAAACUAUGCUUUUACAAGGCAUUCGUUGAAUCUUUUGGAACAGAUUGCAAUUUGUGUUUUUAAUAACGAGCCAGUUUUACUUGUUGGAGAAACUGGUUGUGGAAAGACAUCAACUAUACAAUAUCUUGCUUCACAGUGUGGGCAUAGGUUUGAUGCCAUCAACAUGAGCCAACAGAGUGACGUCACUGAUCUUCUUGGAGGGUUUAAGCCUGUUGACUUUAGGCAGAUAGUCCUUCCACUCAGGAGGUCAUUUGAAGAUUUGUUCGUGAAGACAUUUUCUCAAAAGCAGAACAUCAAGUUUUUAGGGCAUAUACAGCAGUGUUUUGCAGAGAAAAAGUGGGAGAUAUUGCUAAAACUAAUGAGUCAUUGUAAGAAAGCUGCACUGAAACGAAAGGGUCUCAAGAAAGAUAUGGAUGACUUAGAAGAGCUGAUAGUCCAAUGGCAAGCGUUUGGCCUAGAUCUAAAGAAAGUUUUGAAGCAACUUCACGAAGGACAUUCCCUGGCAUUUGCGUUCAUAGAGGGAACGCUAAUCAAGGCUGUAAAGAAUGGAGACUGGAUUCUUUUGGAUGAAAUUAAUCUUGCUACAGCUGAAACCCUUGAAUGUCUUAGCGGUUUGCUUGAAAGUAGAUCUGGAUCAGUUGUGCUCGUUGAGCGAGGUGAUGCAGAGCCAGUUCGAAGGCACGAAAAUUUCCGCUUGUUUGCUUGCAUGAAUCCUGCAACAGACAUUGGCAAAAAAGACCUGCCAUUUGGCAUCAGAAAUAGAUUUACGGAAAUCUAUGUGGACGAGUUGAAUGACAUUGCCGACUUGAAAGUCUUGGUCUCUCACUACUUGCAGCAUGGUGAAAUCACUUCGAAGCUUGUCGAUGGAAUUGUAAGGUUUUACCAGCUUAUUCAGCAAGAAGCAAAAGACAAACUUACAGAUGGCACAGGGCAUCGACCCCACUACAGCUUGAGAACAUUGUGUAGAGCUCUAGAAUUUGUUGCCCGGAGUACUAACAUGGCGCUACCAAGAGCUAUCUACGAGGGCUUUUGUCUAAGUUUUCUAACUCAGCUAGAUCGGUCUUCCCACCCAACCGUUGAAGUGAUGAUUCGAGUGAACAUCCUUGGCCACCUCACUAACAUCAACAGUUUGUUAUCUCAACCAAUUUCAUGUCCAGGAAAGCCUUCUUUAUUUUGCCAAGUCGAAGGGUAUUGGAUAGAAAAGGGAGAGACUGUGGUCGCUACCCCUCAAGAAUAUGUCUUAACAGCUUCUGUUCGCGAGAAUCUGCGGGACCUUGCGCGGGUUGUGUCUGGAAGAAAUUACCCGGUUUUGCUGCAAGGUGAAACUUCCGUUGGAAAGACAAGUUUGAUUACAUACUUGGCCAAAAGCACAGGGAACCAAUGCGUUCGAAUCAACAAUCACGAGCACACUGACAUACAAGAAUACAUCGGCUGUUACUCUGCCGAUGAGAACGGGAGACUGGUCUUCAAGGAUGGUCUCUUGGUUGAUGCUAUGCGAAAGGGCUACUGGAUUAUCUUAGAUGAACUGAAUCUUGCUCCUACAGAUGUCCUAGAGGCGCUCAACCGACUACUUGAUGAUAACAGAGAAUUAUUCAUAGCUGAAACUCAAGAAACGAUCAAAGCCCACCCUAAGUUUAUGCUGUUUGCAACUCAAAACCCACCUGGACAGUAUGGCGGACGAAAGAUUUUAUCAAGAGCUUUCAGAAAUCGAUUUGUUGAGCUGCAUUUUGACGAAAUCCCAAGCGAUGAGCUGCAAACUAUUCUCCAUAAAAGAUGUCAUCUUCCUCGGUCAUAUUGUGGCAAAUUCGUUGCUGUGAUGCAAGAUCUUCAGACUCGAAGGAAAUCGUCUGGAAUAUUCGCAGGAAAGCAUGGAUUUAUCACCCUGAGAGAUUUGUUCAGAUGGGCUGAGAGAUAUCGACAAACGCCAAUCGAGAGCCUGAAAACAAGGUUUUAUGACUGGGAUCAGCACAUUGCUGAAGAUGGCUACAUGCUGUUAGCGGGAAGAUGCAGAAAACCUGACGAGGCUACUGUAAUCCAAGAAACGAUAGAAAGAAUCAUGAAGAGGAAGAUUAAUCUAGAGACCUUGUAUGGAACUGGCUCACUGAUAACCUCGGAAAUUUUACAGCAGGUUGGUUCGGCAAAAUUUGACAACUUCGAGCAUCUUGUUUGGACCAGCAAUUUGCAACGUAUGGCUGUUCUAGUUGGACGAGCAAUUCAGUUCAAUGAACCUGUUUUACUUGUUGGUGAAACCGGUUGCGGAAAAACAACGAUUUGUCAACUAUUCUCAAACAUUCGCAACACAAAACUAUUUUCAGUGAACUGUCACAUGCACACCGAAUCCUCUGAUUUCAUUGGUGGAUUGCGACCCGUUAGGCAAAGAGAUCAAGAUAGUGAAGAAAUGAGGCUGUUUGAAUGGAGUGAUGGGCCUUUAGUAACUGCACUCAAGGAAGGCUCUUCAUUUUUGAUCGAUGAGAUAUCACUGGCCGAUGACUCGGUAUUAGAGAGACUAAACAGCGUUCUUGAAACAGAUAAAACUUUGGUCAUAGCGGAGAAGGGUGGAACUAGCAACUCGACGGAAGACGAUAUUGAAAUGAUUGUUGCAGAUCCAAACUUUAGAUUAUUAGCAACUAUGAACCCAGGUGGAGAUUUUGGCAAAAAAGAGCUUUCACCAGCACUGAGAAAUCGUUUCACUGAAAUCUGGUGCCCACAAUCUGAGGAUCGAGAAGAUUUCAUCAAGAUCAUUGAACACAAUAUCAAUGUAGCGCCUGACACCCAGGGGCAAAUAAAUGGACGGAAGUUGGGUGAAAUGAUGGUUGACUUUGUUCAGUGGUUUCAGAAAACAGAACCAGGCCAGAGAGUUACAAUCAGCAUUCGAGAUUUUCUGUCCUGGACUGAAUUUGUGAAUAAAACUUGUAUGACGUAUGCUGACGAAGAUCAAUCUGCAAUGACUCUUUCGCCCCAAGUUGCGUACAUUCAUGGCGCAUUCCUUGUGUUUAUUGAUGCGAUUGGGUCAGGUAGCAGUUGGUCUGGUCCGAAUUUUUCCCUGGAGGUUGCACGCAAAGCUUGCCUGUCUUUCUUGAAAUCCCAAGUGGAAAUCCAGGCUGAUUUGUUGCGCUACGAAUUUCUGCUAAACCACCAGUUUUUAUUUGGGAUUUCCCCGUUUGUGAUCAGCCGAGGUCCUCUUCCUCCGGUUCCAGUGACUGGUUCAUAUUCUUUGACAACCAAAACGACAUCAGAGAACACGCUCAGACUUCUGCGUGGCCUGCAGUUGGCUCGUCCCAUUCUCCUCGAGGGUUCUCCGGGAGUUGGAAAAACAAGCCUCGUCACUGCUCUUGCAAGGCAUUCUGGAAAUGAACUGACUAGAAUCAAUCUUUCAGAACAAACGGAUGUUACUGAUUUGUUUGGUGCUGACCUACCUCUUGAGGGUGGGAAAGGAGGACAAUUUGCUUGGAGGGAUGGACCAUUUCUUAAAGCACUGAAGCAAGGCCAUUGGAUUGUGCUAGACGAGCUGAAUCUUGCUUCGCAAUCUGUUUUGGAAGGUCUAAAUGCUUGUUUCGAUCACAGAGGAGAGAUUUUUGUCCCUGAGCUUGGCAAAAGUUUUAAAGUUCAACACAAAACAACACGGAUUUUCGCUUGUCAAAAUCCACUCAGUCAAGGGGGAGGAAGGAAAGGAUUGCCCAAAUCAUUUCUGAAUCGAUUUACCAAGGUCUACAUUGAGCCAUUAAAAGAAGAAGAUUUACUUUUCAUUAUAAACGCCGCACAUCCCAACCUCGAUACGGGUAUAAUAACGAAAAUGAUUCAAUUUAACGCCGAGAUGCAAAAGAAAACGAUGAUUACCGGUGAAUGGGGCAGAAAAGGAAGCCCUUGGGAAUUCAACGUGCGAGAUAUUCUGCGUUGGUGCGAGUUGAUUGUCCGGUAUCAGGACUCUUCCCAAUGUGACCCGUCUGAGUUUCUCGAUCUUGUGUAUGCAGAUCGCAUGCGAACAAUCGACGAUAAACAAAAGGUUUUUGAAUGCUACUCACAAGCCUUUCAAGAUUUUGACAUUUGGAAGAAAGCUAUGACAAGAAAAACACAAUUCUCGAUUGGACCUUCGCACGUGCAGGUUGGGAAUUCGAUCCUAACAAGAAAUUGCGAAAAUGUUGCUCUCCCUCAGCAAUCGACUCCUUGUUCUCGCUUACUUCGAAAACAGCUGCCUUACAUCGAAUCAGUCAUGAAAUGUGUUGAGAUGAAUUGGAUGACAAUACUUGUUGGGCCAAAAGCCUGUGGUAAGACAAGGAUUGUAGAAACAAUAGCAGAACUCACAGGCAACACACUGAAUACCCUGGCAAUGAACAGCAAUAUGGAUACGACUGAACUGCUAGGAGGAUUUGAGCAGGUUAAUCUCAGUCGUCAUUUAGAUGACGUCAUUGUCAGUACUGAUGAUUUAAUAAGCGACUUACUGAGGUGUGAAAUUGGUGAAUUGGCAGAUUCUUCAAAUAUGCAAUCCUUCACAGCCCACGUUGAGAGUCUAAUUGACAUGAAGAAAAGGCUAAGAGCGCUUGAAAAUGAAAAAAUCGCUCAAAGUGGAAAGGAAUUAAGUGAUUCAGUUGAAAAGGUGCUUGAGAAGUUUCAGAUUUUGGACGAAGUCUUAGAAGGUGCAGGCAACAUGGCCGACAAAAAUGAUUCAUUGAAGAUCAAUAUAGAUGCAGUAAAGCAAUCAUUUCAUACAUUGAAAGAUCGAUUUGAGAAAGAAGGACAAAGUUUUCAUGCCAAAGGCCAGUUUGAAUGGGUUGAUGGUUUAUUAGUUGAAGCGUUGAAAAGGGGGACUUGGCUCCUUAUUGACAAUGUGAAUUUCUGCAGCCCGUCUGUGCUUGAUCGCCUCAACGGCCUUCUUGAGCCAAAAGGAGUAUUGACAAUUGAUGAACGAGGCGUUCAGAACAACAGUAUCCCAACUAUAACACCGCAUCCAAAUUUCAGAUUGUUCCUUGCAAUGGAUCCAAAACAUGGGGAAAUUUCUCGUGCCAUGAGAAACAGGGGCAUUGAAAUCUACGUGAUUGGUGAAGAAGAGGGGAUGCCAUAUUCUCCAGCAGAUAAAGUAGAACUGGUUAGCUCCACUGGUAUGAGCGAACAACCAACUACAUCAAAGCUGAUUUCUAUCCACGAUGAGAUGACCAAGUUAUUCCCACAUUCUGUAUGUGAGCUUGUACACGCUUCAAGACUUGCUAAACAGAUAAUUGGUCGUGGAUUCUCUGCUGACGAAGCCGUGAAGCUAUCUUGCCAGAAUGUUUACCUAAGCACUCAUAACGAUGCCGAUACCAAGGAGAAAAUUACGUCAGUAAUCGAUACCCUAACUGACUCAAAUGAUGACCAAACUGAGACUGGCAGUUGCCAAGACGAGGUUGAAGACAGUCAGCAUGAACAAAUGGACGCAGAAUAUAUCGAGAAUGAAGUUUCGUUGCCUUCAGUGGCUGAGCUAUCCCAGUUAUCAAAAGUAUCUCGAAUGAUUCGAGAUAAAAUAUGCCUGAAGUGGAUCUCAAAGGACAGGAAAGGCGAUCAGUCAAUUCUUCUUAUGCUGAAGAUAUUUUUGGAGAGAGCAACGGUUGAUGAUUACAUGAUGCGUCUGAAACUUUUGACGACAGAAAUCGCGACCUUCGAUCUCCAUGCUGAUCAAAUCCGAGUUUUCCAAUCGAUAAUUCUCUCGUUUCAAAAAAUCUUUGAAGAGAGCGUCUUCCUGACUAUCCGAAAAGAUUUGCAGAAACUUAUCAGUUAUCUGUCACGUGACCCAGCCAUUUAUGCUGAGAUAUCAUAUGAUCUACGCUUGAACAAACGACUGAUACAAGACCUCUUGCUCGCAGCAAACAAGAACCCAGAAAUGCAAUCAAUCGUUGAAGGCCUAAAGUCACUAUACAAUAGACUUGAAUUGCUGCAGAACCAUGCAUCCAUUGCUGUAAAAGAAGAACUAGCUGUGAACAGCCACAAACAACCUGGCAAAAACUCAGUUUUGGAUUUGUCAAAGAAAUUUGUUAGCGGAACAUUGCCGGCAUCGAAACUUCCUCACAGUGUUAUCGAGCUGUUUUACCCUUAUUUCACUGUUCUUGGCAACCUUCUCAAUGAGUCUCUACAGGAUACCAGCUUCAAGCUAUCGUGUGAUCUCUUCCACAAGCUCUUGUUUUCAAUAAAGUGGAGAGACAGGUUCUGGCGCCUAUGUUCAGAAAGGCAAUCGCAGCAUUCAGUUCAGUUCUUGAAAGCCUUGUUUGCAAUUCAUUGGAAAUGGGUAGUUGAAGAGUUAAACCCAGUAUUGGCAGAACUUUUCACUUGUGAAAGUGCUACAAACACGGCUGAUUUAGAAAGAUUGGUCAAUGGUAUUUCAUCAAGAUUCAGUGAAGGCCUUCUAGCAAACUAUGACGAAGUUGAUGGGGAUUUUUCGAGAAGACCGCCACCUUUCAAUUCAGAAGACAUCUUUGCUCUUUGGUCCAUUCUCGAUGCAUUCCUACAAGAGCUAAGCAUUGCUAAACAGCUGCAACUCCAAAAACCAGAAGCUGGUCUGUCAACGUUGUUUACAGCAGACGGUAGAAUGAAGAGAUUGAAUUUGUUCCAAUGCCUUAUGCACUUUUUCAAUUUGUUAUUGAAAGAGGAAAUAAGUGUCAUGGAUAUAACAGCCCUGCAGACAGCAAUUAUGAUGUCUCUCGAAGCCCCUGCCUGCAACACAGAGGCACUUGAUGUUGCCAUGGAAUCGGCAGAUUCUGCAAAUAGGAUGAUAACGCCGGAGCUCUUGUUGAUUUAUGGAAAAGUGAAUCAUCUUGCUUGGCUUAGGAUCGUACAGAACAUGGUUCAUGUGGAUAAUGUUGCCAGCGGUCACUUGCAGCAAAAUGAGAAUCUCUUUAAAUGGAUUACCAAGAUAUCAGAAUUCACAGAAUUUCAAGAAACAGAGGAUCUCAGAAUCAUUGCAUUUAUACGCUCUCUACUUGAGCAUUUACAAGAGAAUAGAAUUCAACAACUUCCAAGGCAUACAUUGCCUACGCUCAGAUCUCAUUUCCACGAUCUCCUUACUUUCACAUUGCAAAAGAGGCUGGCAGAUGUCUUGAGCAAACCAACUGAUGGUCGACUGGCUAAAACAGAUGAUUCCUUAAGCAUUUUCUCAAGUACAAAUGCUACUGUUAUUGCACCCUGGAUACACAAAAGGCUUUCAGUUGCUUCAAGGAUUAGUUUCGCAGAUAACGAGACAGUUGAUCCUUUUGAAUGGAAGAUCAGUGUAAAGGAGAUUCAAGAAACUCAGGCACUUUUAUCAUCCUUGCUCAAGUUCAAAUGGAUUCAUGGAUCCAUGUUGAUGGUGUUGCCACACGAGCUUUUAAAUGGAGCAUUUCAAGAUACAAUGAGAAUACUAAUGGACUUGGUAAAAGAUCUUAGGCUAGAUGAUUUGGUUGGUGAUGAUAUACAGAAUAUAAUUUGUAAAGAUAUUUCACAGAAUGCUAUUUUGGAAACCUUAGCAACAAAGUUUAGCAAAGACGGCUUGAAAGAUUCUAAUCUCACGGUUAAUAUCAAGAAUAUUUUUGUCACAAUUGGCGUAUUUGCAGAGAAGGAGCUUGCUGUAUUGCUGUCACAAAAACUAGUUGAGCAAGACUUGUUUAUGAGGAAAGUUCGAUUCCUGGGCGAGUUGAUGUCCUGUGUUGGAAUGUGCAGAUUUCUGCUAGCAAUUCCAAGAAAUCCUUACGACAUUGCAGAAGAGGCUAGGUUAAAAUGUCACUACUUUGAGGAAGAGCUGAGAGAAAUAGAGACAGAGUUAUGUCUACGAUAUGAUCUCGAAGAACAGUUAUGUGGUGUGCCAAAGCCUAGCAUAUCAAGACACGAGAAAGCAGACGUACAGCAUUACACGUCAAAUGAGCCAAGAGUGACGCUACUUCUAGAGAGAAGAGAGUUUUUGGUAGAGCAGAUAAGAGAAUUGCAGACCAAGGUGGCGUUACGCCCAAACCCAUCUCAGUAUGACGUACUGGUAAAAGACCUCGUUCAUUUUCAUAACAAUGUAACCAAUCAAAGCGCAGUCUUUGGGCUGCUUCUCAAUUCGAAUGAGGCGCUUCAGUCGCGUGAGAGUGGGACAAAGUUUCCACGGAAUUUUCCAAGGCGGAUGAAGAUCUGGAUUUCGUCUGCAAAGCAAUUCAUGUUGCAGUUGGAGAAGAACUAUCCAAUGUACCAGGAUAUAGUUCUUCCAAUCAUAUGGAGUUUGAAGCAGAUGACAAGUGGUUUUUCUCUUAAUUUGAUUGGAAUUGACUGGCAUAUGACCAGGUCCAAAGUCAACAAAACAAUUUUAAAAGAAGAGGUACUGGCAUCAGCACAGGUUUGUUCAGCAUUAGCAGCAUUUCCUACUUCAAACUCAACUACUUUGACAAUGCCAUCAGAAGCAGCUGCAAUUUUACUUUCGCCAGAAUUUAUGCAUGGCAUCAAAGCUUUGAUGUUGAGUCAUGAAAAUCCUUCAAAUGGAUCCGUGGCAAGAAUCCUGCAUCUAGCUUUAGCCGUGCUCGGCCUUGAUGUGCUCCUUCGCGGUCACCAGAAUAAGGAAAACAAGUUUUCUGUGAAGAAUGUUCUUGCCCGGUUCCAAAACAUCUGGCUGGAAUUCUCGGAACAGCAACGUAAACAGGAAGAGGAAGCAGAUUCUAUGUACAGAUUCAAAUCGAAGUCUCAUUGUGCAGAUAGUGAUGAGGCUACGUUGAAUGAGAAGUCAUUUAAAGAGCUUUUCCCGUCGUUUAAUCGAGAUUUUAAUGAUCUAAUACCUAAAGGAACGUUGGAUGACGAUGAUGAUAUGGAUAAUGAGAUUACUGAAUACGAGAAAAAAGAGUUAUCAGAAGAUGAUGCGAUGUCAAGAGAAGGUUUAUCGCAUCACAUGUCAAGUGUGAAUAUUGUUCAAAUUUACAAGAAUCUGAGCAAUAUAGUUAGAGUUGGUCAACAGUCCCUGCCAGAGAUGGAGCAGAGCAUAGAACAAUUAUUUCUCAAUGGUUAUAAAGAGUUUCUCUCCUUAGCUUCGUUGGAUGCAGUGAGAAAAGACCCUUUGGUUGAUAGUCAGCUUGCAACAUCGAACCUGCUUUUUACGUCACUCCUAAAAAAGAGCCUCGAUUUCAAAGCAACUGCCGUUUCUGUUGAAUUCGACAUCUACCACGAGUGCAAUGUUGCUGAAGUGCAGAAACUGCUUCCAUUACUUGGAGACUUUUCUUCUCGCUUAACUGAGCUGCUGCUAGAGUUUCCAGAACAUCCAGCUUUGCUGCAGAUUCAACAAAUAAUUGACAGGAUACUGUCCUUCCCUAUCAAUCAACCGCUCAUGAAGUUUUUGACAGGCUUGGAGAUCCUUCUUCGUCAAUCCCAGGACUGGGAAUCGUAUGCGAGCUCGAGAGUGUCACUCAAAACACAACUGCAAGCGGUUACGAAUCAGAUCGUUGAAUGGCGAAAACUGGAACUAAGAUGCUGGCCUCGUCUUCUGCAAGUUGUUGAAAACAAAUUUGAAAAGGAGGCCCAAGGAUGGUUUUUGAAGAUAAGCUCUGCCUUCGAAGAUGCUUCGCAGCAGAUAAAGAACAAAGAAGGUGAUAAUACAAUGACAAGAAAAGAGUUUGCUAAACUUCUUCAAGGAUUCAUUGAGAGUUCGUGCAUUGGUGAAUUUGCCGCGAGACUAGAGCUCAUCAGCAUAUUGUAUAAGAUGGCGAAUGAUGACGAACAUGACUUCGCCCCAAUGUUUUGGAAUAUCCACAACUAUUACAGCCAGUUUAUCUCCAGUGUGAAUAACGUCAUACAGACGUCGAAAACGCGUAUUGAAAAGGACCUCAAGGAUUUUGUUAAAAUUGCGAAAUGGAAAGAUGUAAAUUUUUAUGCAAUGAAACAAGCGGCAGACAAAUCCCAUCGCACUCUACACAAAUUCAUGCGGAAAUUUGAGGAGUUCCUUGCAUCUCCAGCAAGUCCAUAUCUGCAACUGAGCGAUAAAGAACCUGGAGCUGCAGUCAGUCUGGACAUUGGAAAGAAACUCGAUGUCGAUUCCUUCAAAAAUUGGACCCGAUUUUUGGUUGCGAAAGAGAUUUUGAAUGGUGUUGAAGGUAUUUCGGUUAAGAAUGAGUGGCUGAAUUGUUCUGUGUCGCUGAGCCGAAGGUUCCAGAAGAAAUGUGGAAGGUACUUAAAAGAUGCCAAACAUCAGUUAAUGAUCGAAUUGCUGGAUGAAUUUACGGGGGAUGUCAUCACAAAUGUCAAAGAACUGCAGUCCAUCGAAAUUCUAAGCUUGCCUGCAGAAAAACGUGCAGCUGCAAGGAAACAUUUGGACCUAAGGAAACGAAAAGCUCUGGCAACACUUUUCAAGAUACUGACCAACAUGGGACUAUCUUACCGCAAAGGCCUAGCCAUCGCAUCGAAUGAAGACUCAGAGCUCCAUAUAAUGUCACCUGUUUUGGAUUUCGAUAACCAAAACAUGCAAAGCGAGCAUCUGUCUAGCCUCAAUCGAUCUUGCUAUGACUACUACUUUAGAUGCCUUGCUCGGCAAUCAGCUCUUUCUCAAGCACUAAGAACACCGUCAAAGGAACUCAAUGCUCAAGACAUCGCAAGAUGCAGAGGAUUUGCAGAUCAUUUGCACGCAGUUGUCCAGAAUCAAAGACAAAAUCUAGCCUCUCUGAUAAAGAAUUAUAAGAUUAUAAGAUGUAAAUCAAAUAAUUUAGACGAGCUCUUGAACGCAAAUGUUGAGAACACAAGCUUGAGUGCAAAGUCUGUUCCACCACAGACCGUUGCUUUCUGCUCUCUGAUGAAGCUGAAAGAUCUUCUUGACUUAACAAUUUAUGUGAUGAAACAGUUCAGUUUGCUUGUCAAGUGUUGUCCAAGUGACAACGCGUAUGAGGCUGUUUGCCUUCUUCCUGAAGAUGAACUGGCGCCCAUCAGCAAACCCACCCUUUGUGUUGAGAAAAGAUCUGAAGUGCUUCAGGCCAUUGAGCGAAUCUUGGAAAGCAGUCUGUCAAAAAAAUCAGACAUCGAUGAAAUCUUUAACAAGAUUCUAGAAGAUAAUUCCUCGUAUCUCUUUUCCCGCCAACAAUACAAUCUUCUUGAGAAUACAAUAGAGAUGUUAUGGAAGAAUUGUGACCACUUCGCUGAGAUCGAACAGGCAUUCUUGGCACCAAGGGAGGAUCCAGAGACAAGUAUGGCACGCAGUGUAUACUUGUUGCGAGUCAAAACGCAUUCCAUUCUGCAAGAAUGCAAAACGGAUCUCUCUUCUGUCUAUCGUACUGAAGCUGAACCACCUUCAAACAUUCCAGACCUUGGCCAAUCGGUUGAGCAUCUUUUCAAGGGCAUCUUGACAUGCGUCCAGGAGUUAUUAACUCUCGAAAAGCCCGUCAACAAUAAAGAGGAAAAUGAAGAAAAUAUAAAAGGUGAAAAUGACGAUGAAUUGGAGGAGCUUGAUAUAUCUGAAGGACACAUAAUACCAAGUCUUGAAAAGGAUUUCUUCAGUGAAAUUAAUAAGCUUAAGACGUCAUCAGUUUCCAUGAAUUUGGCAUCAAUGUUUCAAGCUGCAAGAGAGUUCUUUGACAGCAAAGAAGAAAACGGUAGUGAGCUUCGGUUAAUCUAUCCGGUUAUCGACCAGUAUUCUAGGAUGACGGAAUACUUCUUGGAAAAGUUGCUUCAUUUGCACAGAACUACAUGCAAACUGCUCUUUGUUUUGUCUGGUAUUUUCACGGACCUCGCCACGCGGGGGUUUUGCUUACCCCCUGAUGAAGUCGAAUCUUCCGGUGAAGGUGCUACUCAAUUUGAAGACAUUCAGGGCGGUGGAAUCGGAGAAGGUGAAGGAAUGAAAGAUGUCAGCGAGCAAAUUGAAGAUGAAAGUCAGCUGGAAGGGGCUCAACAAGAAGGCAAAGAGAAAGAGGACAAACCAGAACAAGAUCGAAACAUUCAAAACGAAGAGCAUGGCAUCGAAAUGUCAGAUGACUUUGAUGCUCGCCUUCAUGAUGUUGAUCCGGAUGAAGAAGGAAAGCAAUCGGAUUCUGACGAAGAACAGGAACAAGAGGAAGAGCAACCGGAUGAAAAGAUGGGACAACUGGAAGGAAUGGAGGAGGAGCGGUUUGAUGAGAAAUUUUGGGGUGAUUCUGAUGACGAAGAAGAAAAUGAUCCCACAGAUGAAAAUGACAAGGGGCCAGGGGCUGAGGGGCAGGCCGAGUCAGAGCUCGUAGCUAAAGACGAGCAUGAUGGUCAACAAAAAGGAGAGGAAAAAGAAAGGAAACGGGAGGAAAAGGAAGAAGUUUCGGAAGAAAUAAACGAACUUUCUCAAGAUGAGAUGAACGAUGAUGAGAAGCUGGAUGAUGCUGAAAAUGAGAAAAACCAAAACAAUGAGAAAAACGAACAGGAAACUGAAGGAGAUGAUAUCCCAGACAAUUUAGAGUUUGAUGAUAAUGACAUUGGUGAAGAAGAGAUGGAGAAUGAGCAUACCAAAGAAAAUGAAGAAGGCUCACCUGAUGAACUCAAGUCUGAGGAAGAAAACGGUGCUGCUGACGAAGAUGAUCCAGAGAGCAACGAAAAGGAAGAAAAGGAUGAGAAUAUUGAAGAGGAGAUAAAUGAGACGGAGAAAGAGAGAAUGGAAGGAGCUGAGAAAGAAAAUGAGGAUAUUGUUGAAGAUAAAGGGAAAGUUGGAGAAGAUGCAAUGGAUGAUAAUGAAGAUCGUGAGGAACCAGAUGGAAAUGCAGAUGAGCACGAUGUUAUGGCUGAGCAAUCUGAGAAUCAACAACACGGCUCGAACGCACCUGAUGCCGAUCUUAAUGAAGCUACUGCCCAGAUCGAGAAUGAACUGGAUGACCAACAACAACAACAGCGAGAAAAUCAAGGACAUGGCUCAAGUCAGAUGGAGGCUGGCGAUGGCCAUUCAGGAAUAUCCUCGUUCAGGGAAAAUCAGACUUCGAAUGAGAAAAAGAAUAGGAAAAAGGACUAUAAUAAAUCACGGCAAGACCGAUCUCUUGCUGAUGAUGUUGAACAGAGGCUCAAACGACUGAAGACGGAAGAUCUAAAAGAGAACCAAGCCAGAGAAGACGAAACGGACAAUGCUGAAAAACAAACGUCAGAUUUGUACGAGCACGUCCGAGGUGGUGACCAUUAUGACGCCCAGACCCUUGACGCUGCAACUGCUGAGCAAACUCAAAGCCAGUCCAACAUGGAAAAGCCACAAGAAGAAUCCGACGUAGAAAUGAGUGAAGAAGAAGCUAAAGAUGAAGAAACAGCUGUGGAACAAGAUUUUGAAAUUGCUGAAAGUGAUAAUUUGCAGCAGAGUAAGAAGUCAAAAAGCUCAAAAGAUCAACCCGUGUUGGAUGACAACUUCGACGACGAGAAGUUCAAUAAAGAAGUUUCUACAGAGGAGCCAAUGGUUGCCGAAGGGAUCGACAUUCGCAGGAUCGAUAGUGCCUUUUUUACUUCAAGAGAAGCUCUGACUAAAACUUUUGAUGUUGCUUUGUUUGAACUCGAUAGUGAUACACUGCGUAAGGAACUUGAGGAGAACCUUGCCUCUCAGAGAAACAUUUCAUCUCAGGCUGCCGAAUCAAACAGCGAGGCUGUUGAAAGAUGGCGCAAAUACGAAACGCUGACAUCACCUUUAGCGCAGCAGCUUUGUGAGCAGUUGCGUCUUGUGCUCGAACCAACACUGGCUAGUAAACUAAAGGGUGACUAUCGAACGGGAAAGAGGCUGAACAUGCGAAAGGUAAUUUCUUAUAUUGCAAGUCAAUUCAGGAAAGACAAAAUUUGGCUGAGACGGACGAAAAAGAGCCGGAGGCAGUAUCAGAUCUUAGUUGCUGUCGACGAUUCAUCGAGCAUGGGAGACAAUCAUUCUAAACAGCUUGCAUUUGAAUCUUUAGCUGUCAUUAGCAACGCUCUGACGUGGCUUGAGGCGGGUGAACUUGCAGUAUGCAGCUUUGGUGAGUCAACCAAGUUGCUGCAUUCAUUCAAGGAACCUUUCAACGAAGACGCUGGGGCACACAUCUUGCGUGAUUUUACUUUUGAGCAGAAGAAAACACUUAUUGCAAAGAUGUUAGAUACAUGCACUGCUUUCAUGUCAAAGGAAAGAACUAAUGUUUUAAGAGGAUCAGCCAAUCGAAUCGACACCUCGCAAUUGCUACUCAUUGUAUCAGAUGGACGAGGGAUAUUUCUCGAGGGUAAAGAGGCUGUUGAGCGUUCAGUCAGACGUGCAAGAGAGGCUGGUGUAUUCAUUGUAUUUAUCAUACUGGACAAUCCAUCAAACCGAGACUCGAUACUUGAUAUCCGAAUACCAAUUUUCAAAUCUGGUGGCGGUUUUCCAGAGAUCAAGUCAUAUAUUGAAGAGUUUCCUUUCCCCUUUUAUAUGAUUCUCAGGGAUAUAAACUCUCUUCCCGUUGUGCUUAGCGACGCUUUAAGACAGUGGUUUGAGUUAGUUAUCAGUGCAACAUAGCAUGUUCUUUUUUGUGUUAACGACUGGAGACCCAUAAAACUCCCUUGUCGAUGAUAUUCCAGUAAUUUUUUUAAAAGCUUUUUUUGCCUUAAGUAAGGUCAUCUAAUUCGACCAACUUGCUUUUAGUAUUAUUUCACAUCACGAGCAAUCCAUAUUUCAAUGUAAUUCUUUCAGUGUUAAUAAGCAAUGCCAUAAACUCUUGAUCAUGAAUUCUAAAGCACAUGAUGCAAUAAUACAUGACUUUACCACCGAAUUUUCUAGUGCAAAAUGGCAAAGACUUGUAAUUGGUAUGCUCGUUUGAACAUUCCCUCUUAGGUUGCAUCCAGACUAUCCAGACUAAUCGCGCCUGGGUUAGUUAAGUAAGAUUGAAUCUAGAUAGCAUUUUUUGUGUAAAAAGAGGUUUAAAAUGAUGUCUGUUCUUAUGAAAUUUCCCUAGUUAUGCUUGUAAGACAAACCUUCAGACGAAAGAACUUUUUUCUCGUCAAAGCGAUUAAUAUAUAAUGUAUUUUUGAGAAUAUUUUGAUAUUUUUCAUUAAAGCUAGCAAUCACA